AUGCAGCUUGAAGAUAAAGGCGUUAAGGCUUUCCCACCGCGCUUCGUCGACCUGAAACGCGAAAUUCUUCCCCAAGAUGACGAGUCAAAAGCCCGCCUCGUUGCUGCCUGGAAUGAUCUUCUUGCCGCGCUCCAGUCCGCUACACAGGAAAUAAGGUCUCAAGGCCCCUCGAUAAUCCCUCAAGUUGAAUUUUCGGAGAUAAAGAAUUUGAAACCAGAGGAGAUUGAAACCAUAAAGAGACGAGGCGUUGUUCUGAUAAAGAAUGUGGUAGACGAUGAUCAAGCAGCGUCCUGGAAAGAGGAACUUAAAGCCUUCGUUAAGGUAAACCCCGUUGAAGGCUUCCCAGAAGUAGACAAGCAAUUCUUCCAACUUUACUGGACGAGACCACAAGUCCAAGCCCGCGCACAUCCAAAUGUCUUGCAAGUGUCCACCUGGCUCAACAAUUUCUAUCAUGUGGACUCGAAGGAGAAAGGAGAAGCGCAAGUAUUGAAGGGAGUGGAGAUAUCCACUCCAUUAUCAUAUGCAGACAGGUUUAGAAUUCGCCACCCCGGCGUACAGUGGGACGCACACCCACCACACAUUGAUGGAGGAGGCAUCGAACGUUGGGAAGAUCCAAAUUUCAGAAGCUGUUAUGCCGAUAUCUUGCAGGGUAAUUGGAAGAAGCAUGACCCUUACGACCUUGUCGGAAGGUUGAAUGCGAAGACAGACCUCUAUGAUCGUCCAAAUCAAGCUAGUGUUUUCCGUACCUUCCAGGGCUGGCUUGCCCUCAGUGAUACUGCUCCAACACAGGGGACGCUCAAAGUGUUCCCAGACGUUCUCCUUUCGAACGCAUACCUCAUCCUUCGUCCAUUCUUCAGGCUCAAGGACAAGUUAGUAAAGGAGGAUCCUCUCGACCCAGAGAACUGGGUGUUUGACGCAAGUACCCCUGGCUUCCCAGGUAUCUUCCAGAGGGACGACGGGUUCUUCGGUCCUCGACUGACCCCUGACUCGCAUCCCCACCUUCGGCUCGAAGAUUGCAUGACACCCGUCCCUCACGUAAAGCCGGGAGACAUGGUAUUCUGGCACUGCGAUGUUGUCCACAGCGUUGAACAAGAGCAUACAGGAAAGGAAGAUUCUGCCGUUAUGUAUAUCCCUGCCAUGCCACUCACGCCUCAGAAUUCGUCCUACGUGGAAAGGCAGAAAGAGACUUUCCUCAAAGGUAUUACUCCUCCUGACUUCCCUAAGACUGCUGGAGAAGGUACGUUCCUCGGGGUUGGGAAGGAAGGCGACGUGGUUGGGGAAGCUGCCAGGAGGGCUAUGGGCCUUGUGCAUUAA